AACAUCAACGCCGUACCAACCAGGGUAAAGAUCAAGACCCAAUGCGUCGUUGGGCUGAGGAUGGUCAACCUAUUUGUGGCCAUUGCAACGCUAUUGGUCAUUUAACCAAGAAAUGCCGAUCCCAAAGUAACAAUCGCGGUAAUAACUCUGGUCGUAAUCAAUGGAAGCCUAAACAAGUCCAUGGCAUUGACUCCUCGUCUCUGUUGAGUAUGUCAUAGAUUAUAAUAAAAGAAUCAUCACAUUUUACAUAAUAAUGGAUGAUCAUGUAUAAAUAUUCAUGGCUAACACUUCGCCCCAUUUGUUAUCAUCAGAACCGUUGGUGUCUGUGCACAAGGUGAUUUGCCUUGUGACGAGUAAAAUAUUAUAAUACCAUAAAAGUAUAGUACAAUCCCAUAGGCGGAAUAUUCGGUUACUGAAUAUU